UGCUAUGCUAACCUAUGUGUGUUGUACAGUGCGCCGCUCAAAUCGGCAACAACAAAACGAAAAUAGUAGGCGAAUAGGCGAGAAAAUGUGUUUAUUCUCUCUCGAAUUAAAGCGCUGAUUAAAUUCCGACUAACUAUUGAGUGCUUAAACCUGCAACAGUCAAUAAUCAGGCAUUACAAGUGCGUUCGGUAAAACUAAAUUCUUGCAAGCGAAAAAAAAGGAAAGGAAAAGCGAAAAGCAAGUGGAUGGUGGUGACGCUUUGCUGAGUCGGAAAGUCCAGCUAUGGAGUCGAUUGUCCUGCAUUCGGACUUGGCUCGCUUGGUCCUGGGCUACCUAGUCAACCAGAAUCUAAAAAGGGCCGCACACACUCUGUGUCGCACAUCGCCUCACCUGCGCCAUGAGUUCCUGGCCCUUAAACAGGGCCUGCAGACGCACAACUUCCUUAACGGAGGUCUGGAGGAGAUCAUCUGCGAGCAUGUCAAGAUCACAAGCUUGGUGGCCGGCGCCGUGCAGAAGCUGCCGCUGGAUACGCGUAUGCAGCUGCAGCAGAUGAAGCUGUCCGAACGGGUCAGCGAACUGAUAGCCGCCGGUGAAAGGAGUAGCUAUACCAAUGAAAGCAGCACCCCAGGCGAGCCCACCAUAUCGCAGUCGCAUCGCAAGAGAAGGCGCUUACGCACCCAUUCUCCCGUGAACAGCAUUUCUUCGCCUUCGUUUAGCAAGCGACCGCGUCUGCUGCCGCCACACUUCUACUGCAGCAUUAACCGCGACAAGGUCAGGCAGAGUUUCCUAGGCAGCCAGGAUGAACGCGAGGCCGAACUGGACGAGGACGAUGGCGGUAGCACAACGGCAACCGAGGACUUGACGGAGGAGGACUUACUUCCGGCAAAUGGUCCUGGUCCGCGCAACAAUUCCACGCCGCGCCAAGGUCACACCGAGCUCAAUCCACUUCUGCUCACGCCGCAAAGCAUGCCUGAACUGGCAUGCGCGAUAAUUAAAAAUCAAGACUUCCAGGAGACGCUGGUAAAGAAUAUUAACGUAGCGCUGCAGACGGUGACUGUUAACAAUCCGUCGGUAAGCUGUGACGCCAUGUUGGACGGUCUAGUAAAGAACAUACUCGAAGCCACCGAGAAGGAUCCCUCGUUCGAUCGCAUCAUACAGGAAGUGGUGAUCGGAGAUGAACCACCGCCAAAUGAGGAGGACCCUGGUGUGUCGCCUGCCUCUGAUGCUGCUGGGGCUGCUGUUGUUCCAGCUGCUGCUGAUGUGCUGCCGACAGAACAACCUGUGGAUCCCGUGCCGCCGCAAACACCGCUUAUCAUUCGCACCGCCGUUGCAGCCACCGCAGGAACUAAUGCGGAUCCCAACUUCUCCAUCUCCAAGCUUAUUGUACUGAACUCCAACGAGAGUGUCCAAAAAAUGGUUGCUGGCUUGGAUACGUCCAAUAUCAGCUUUACAAGCGAAGGCCUUAAUCUAAAUUUUGCCGAUCCAGCGUCAAUGCUCAGCGAGGUGGAGGCGACAGCUGCUGGUCAGGUUUGUGUGGACGCCACCACCGGGCAGCUGACGUUUCCCAUGUACCUAUCGAACGGUGGACUGCUGUCGCAUCUUCCAUUCCUGGUGAACAACGAGUGGGUAGCCCAGCAACUUGGGCCGGAUGCCUUCGCCAACAUUGAUGACUCGCACAUAGAGAUAUCGCUGCCGGAGCCGAUUACUCUGUCUGCCAAUCAGCUGCCCCCCAAUUCCAUUAUCAUUAGCAGCGCCCAGAAACAACCACCUCCCCAAAGCGUGGAGCCUCCAGUCCAGUUGAUAAAAGAAGCAGCCAAAGUGGACAACAAGGCGGGCAAGGGAACGGCGGCAAAUGAGCAACCGAUAGAUCAACUGGAGGAGGAGCAGCGAAAGCUUCCACCCGCAUCCCUGGAUUCAUCAAGACAAGUCAUGGAAAGAGUGACACCCUCGACGUCGGGAAUAAUCAACGUAAAGGCCUUUCGUAGCUUAUCCACUCCUCGAAAGAGAACCUCACAUGUACGAACAUUAACUUUUUCCCCUAAGGUUCCUCCUGGUGGCGUCCUGCAUUCCAAUACGCCGCUCUCCACUAGGCGACCUGGUUUGCUGGACAAAGCCCAAGAGAAGCCAAUUAUCAACCAUGUGGAGAUCAUCCAGGCCGCCUGCGACCUCAGCUCAAACGAGGGCCUUGGAGGAGUGCCACCACUCUUUGCCAUGGAGGAGUGCAGCAAUCAGACGGUGAUCAGGGCCCAUCCUCCAGCUGCCGCUCCGUCAGUAGCUCCGGCUCCUCCGUUGGCGGCCACGCCAAAAAGAAAACAGAAGCGUCAAGCAGCGGUCAAGGCCUGCAAGCGAAUCAUAUCCCAGGCGGAAUCGGAAAGCAAGACGGAUAAGGAUCAAAAGAAAAUUAUGCCCAACAAUAAUUCUGUUUGCAGCGCAUCGUCGUCCGCUCACGAUGACAGCGCCGAGGCCAGCAAAGAGAAUCUCCAGGAGCAGCAGAAGAUAGAGAGAAAGGCAGAUGUAGGCUCCACUUCCAGAGGAGACGCAGUUGUAGAUAACGAUAUGGCCGCCUGGCAGCGCCAGUUGCAUGGUUCCAAUUCUGACCUUGAAAAUCGUCUGCGUGAGAUCAACUCCAAGCGCGAGGAUGUAAAGGCUUCCGGUCGCUCGAGGCGUUCAAAGAAGAAAGGUACACCCACUUCAGCUUCGUCGAGAUCACGAAAAGCUCCAAUGGUCAAAGCGAAGGCGGAGUCCAAGAAUUCGGCGAAGAAGGAUUCCACCGAGAAGAUAAACAUCAAGAUUAUCACUCCUCAGAAACCAAAGCUCCUGAAGAAGAAGAAGGUGUUUGAGACAAAAGAGGAAAUCAUAGACGAAACCAUAGAAGAAACCAUAGAAGAAACCGUUGACGAAACCGUAGACGAAACCCAAGCGGAGGUCGAGGAAAAGGAUCAGAAGAAGAAAAGUGAACUACGAGGCAAUCAUGCAAAGGAUCAGGAGCAAGCAAAGGCCUUAGCGGCAGAACUGUCGCGACCCAACAUGGCCAUGCUUCUGGACACACCGUUUAAAGCAUCUCCCAUUGGAGCAGGAGCAAGCGGAGCCGUAAAAGAUGACACCACAUCAAAGGCAGCAGAUGUUGGUGGAGCCGCUAUCAUCCCACCCACGCCAGGAAUGGCCAUUCCACCUCUGGACACGCCAUAUGGCAAGUUGCCCAGUAGCAGCUUUCUCUUUGGUUCGGAUACCAAAAGUAUUUUGGAUACGCCCCAGUUGAGCGCCAUCACACCUGGAUUUCGCUUGACACCUUUUGGACAGAUGCCCGGUACUCCGAUAGGCAGUGCUGCCAAGACUGAGUACUCUUCAGGCAGUUCCUAUUAUCGUCCGGAUGAAGCGGAACACACCGAUGCGAAUGCGCAGUGCGCAAUACAACAGUGGUGUGAUCCGCAGGAGAAAGAACAACCCAAGGUUCGGUCAACGCCAAAGAAGAAAAAGGUAGAGGCAGAGGAUGAGCUUUCGCAACAGAAGAAUCAAGAGCUAACAGAAGUGGAGCGUUCAAAGAAAGACCUUCAUCCGGAAGACAAACAUGCGGAGGACAAUAAGAAAACACCGAAAAGACCAGAGAAGCGGGUUGAUGAACAUCUGGAGGAAACUGAAAGGGAUGGUGAAAAGAAGGAAGCGGUUUUAGAAAAGACACCAGAGACUGUGAAGCAACCCGUUGUCCUGUCCUUGGAGCCCACUGUCCUUCGACGCGUUCGAUCCUUUGGUAGUGAGGCGGUGGAUAAUGCGGAAUCCGCUGCCGCUGGCUCUUUUCCCUCCGAUCAACAGCAGCUUCCGCACUAUAAACUUUUGCCUGGCCUGCCCGAGGCAAUCAUUGAAGGAUCUAGUAAUUCUAGCUCCUCGGCAACCAGUUCAUCGUCCUCAUCCAGUUCGAGCUCAAGCUCCUCCAGUAGUUCAUCAUCGAGUUCCUCAAGUUCCUUGCCAAGUUCUCACAGCGGAAAGGACGAAGAGGCAAAUGGCGAGAAUGUCGACGAAAAGUGCAGCAAGGAAAAGGAGGUGCUACUAAACAUAGACAACCUAUCGAACAUAAGCAGCACGGAAGACGAAGAGUGGCUGAAGGCAGCCGGUUCUGAGGAUGCAGUUCUGCCAAUGUUUGCUAUCGACAGUCAGCCAGGUCAGUUAGUUAGCCAGGAUGGGGAGGUCCGCUAUCCUAUCCGGAAUUGGCUGACACCAAGCAAAGAGCAGGCCCAGGAGGCGGAUACCAGUGGAGAACAGCAAACAAAACCUGCACCUCCUAAACCGGUGGCUGCUCCUGUUCCGCCUCCGCCACUUCCUCUAACUCCGCCAGCUGCUCCUCCGCCGCCUCCACCGCCUCCGCAAAAUACAUUCGAUCCUUCAUGCGUCGCUCCUCCAACGGCCUCGCCAAGCCGUCAGGAACACCAACGCCAGAAGCUGGACGAAAAGCGCCAACGUGUAGUGGCCAAGUUUAAGGAGCAACCCUUACCGAUCAAAGGUCAAGGGAGAAAAACUACCAACAAGAAGCUCACUGCAAUGCGUGAAAAUGCCAAAUUGGCCAAUCCAAGCAGUCAAAAAUCUCCAAAAAAGCGAAAGCACAUCGAGCCUCUGAAAACAAAAGCAGCUAAAAAGUAUAUAGAACCAAAUCCGAAAGAUAUGUCCACAGAGGCUCCUGGUCCGCCAGUCGAUGCGCCAGCAGAUCCGCCAGCCAGCAAAUUGGAUCCCGCUCUGCUCAUGGCCCUGAAUCUAUCUGCGAAAAAACAGGAAUCAUUACCGACUGUAAUCAAACCAAAGGUAAAUCGAGCAGCGGUUGAAAUUGCGGCACAGCCUGCCCCUGGAAAACGUGGACGCCCCAAAAAGGCACAGAACGGGGAGCCAGCCAAGAUCUGUAUGCGUCGAUCCUCGCGCCUAUUCGAAAAUAAAACUCCUGCUCCGGAAGAUCUCCCCAAACCCAUUGAAGGACCGAAGACGAAGACCCAAACCAAGGCAAAUACCAAGAAACCGGCCAAGAAACGUGUCGAGGCAAGGGUGCCCUCCUCCAAAACGGAUGCUCCGGCACUGCCCAUAGUAGCGGAGGCGGAAUCCACCCAAAAAUCUCCAAAGCAAAAGCCGCAAAGUCAGCAACCAAUACCAGAACCUAAACAGGAUCCACCGUCGUCGAAAUGCGAUUCGGAGCCCGAUGACAGCGACUUCGAGCAGGACAUGUGCCUGAGCAGCAGCCAGGAGCGUUUUACCUAUAACUUCACAUAUGCGGACAACGGACCCAAGUCCAGCAAUCCGAUGAUACGUCAGACAUCGAGCUAUUUCAAAAGCUAUCAGAUGCGCUUGAUGACCGAUGACGAACAGCUGCAUACGCUGCGCAUAGCCAGCGCCCAGGUGCUCUGUCUGGGCCAACCGGUGGCCAGCGCCAUUCGCAAUAUACCCAAGAAGCGGAUUCGCCGCAUGACUAGCAAUAGUGGCGGGACUGCGGCAACAGGGGGAAGUGCAAGUGUAAGUGGAAGUGGAACGGGAGUGGAAGUUGCUGCUGCUGGCGAACAGCCUUCGGCCACGUCUACGCCUCUGGUGGAGAAGCCCCCAUCCAGGAGUGGGCCGCAAGAUGAGGAAGAUCUGGAGGUGGCCACCAUCAAUUCAGCUCCGAUAGCAGCGAACACCAGCAGCGGAGUUGGCGGCGAGGAGACCCCGGAGAACUCUGCGCAGCAGAAGGAGCUGCAGAGCGAGAACCACAUCGUGGAGAUCGAGGACAUCGAGUCGAUACUCUCGCAUCUGCACGGCACCUGAUUCCAGCUCCCUUGAAGUUGUUAUCGUUUACAUAUGUACAUCUAGAACCAUUUGUUGGCAUCUCUCAGUUUUUUAAGGAGAACAUUUUGAAGUGAAUUUAAUUACUAUGUGAACCAAGGAAUGUUAUUACUAAAGUAUUUAUUUUUUUCGCUGUAAGCUAAGACGGAGCAGCACCACCUGCUCACACAACAUUCACAAGAGAAUCCCAGAAGAAUCACUAAUUUAUGUUUCAUUAUUCACAUUCGUACAUAUAUAGAAAUAUAUAUAUGUAUACACAUAUUGAUAGCCAGUUGAUUUAUUUGUUAAUAGCCGUUUUUUUUUCGUACUACUAAGGCCCUGCCCGAACAAAAAAUUAUGAUUUGAUUUUGUACUUUGUCGCAUAAGGAGAAUAUAAGGAAUUAACCAAGCCAA